AUAGAAUUGCUAUAAGCUAACUGCUUCUGACCGCGUCGUACAUUCGAAUUGAGAGGUAUAUAUCCGACAAUUGGAAUUACCAGUGGUACGCUUUGCAGAUGUUUGCACUAUGACGGCUUGGCGCGGUGUUGAUACACAAAACAUCACCUCUAGGAGAAAUUUGCUUCGCGAUAGUAUUCGACGAUAACGGUUAGCUGGCAGACAUGAAGACCGAGGUAUCCUGGAAGCGGCGGCUUCUGCGAAAGAGAAUCAAGUAUAUGCUGAUAUGCGUUUUCGUGGUCGCGGUGAUAUUUGUGGUCCAUCAGCUGUUCUACUUCAAAGAGCUGAACCAGGAUAUCGUAGGCAAGUUGAUUGCCGGCUCGGUGAAAGACACCCACCGUGUGGUUGUUGGUAAGCAGGUCGACAAAUGGAAUCAACCCUACCAUUCAAAACUCAUUCGCGACACGAAUGGUCGAACGGUGUCGUUGCGUGGUACACGGGAUCAGGAUAUAGCCAAGUAUCUCCCCAACAUCAACGGAAAAUUUGUAUGUUUUGUUUCAAAGAGGGAAAUUGAUUUUUUAAAAAUUAACGAUGAUUAUUGUGACUGUCCAAUGGACGGUAGUGAUGAACCAGGUACUAAUGCCUGCAACAAUGGUUUCUUUAAUUGCGACAAGAGUACAGGAAAGUCAGCAGUAAGAAUACCAUCGUACAAAGUCAAUGAUGGAUAUUGUGAUUGUUGUGAUGGUUCUGAUGAAUGGGCUGAAGCUGCAGUGUUAUAUAAACUCAGUAAAUUUAAAGUAACUUUUUAUGGACCUAAAUGUCCAAACAAAUGUUAGUGAAGAAAGUGAGAUAUAAGAUAUCAGAUUGGAAAAAAAGUGCUUCUGAAUUUAUGCAUCAUAAUAAGAAUGAC